AUGGCGGAUUAUCAGCAGGGUCGGUCUAACGGACAGCGUCCCAGCGAAUAUGGCCAUGCCUCGAACCAUCAGCGAGACGCAGCGUUCUCGAACAUCUUUGGAGCUGCCCCUUCUGGUCGAUCCCAAACGAUGAACUCUUCAGUAGUUCCCCCUUCAGCGGGCGUGGCCCAUCGCACCCAGACAAUGAAUCCGCAGACCUCGCCGAUAUAUGGUGGUAUGCAACGACAGCCUCCACCUCGACAAUCGUACAACGGCUAUUCACCUUCGCCCGGAGGGGGCCCGAAUGCUGGAAAUAUGUCGAACGGAUACCACCCAGGUCCAAGACCACAGCAACCAGGCCAGAUUCCGUCGCAACCUCAGCCUCAGUAUCUGCCGCAACAAGUACGCCAAGAUCGCAGACCAUAUCCUUCACCACAACGCAUCGAUCCCCGUGGCGGACCUCAACAGCAGCACUAUCCCCCAAAACCCCCACCACAGCAGCAACAGCGAUAUUAUCAGGGUCCACCAGCGCUGAAUUCCGACGCCUACCGUUCCCAGUCGCUGGCAAGCAUACCCCGGCCGCAAAUGUAUCAACCACCUCCGAGUACUUACCAACAAGCACCUGCGAAUGCCUUCAGGCAAGCUCCAUAUCACGGACAGGCCUCGAGAACGACUGCCCAAGGGCGUAUAGUUCCUGAAAGGCACGAUGAGCGAGCGAUGUCCAUGACUAGCCAUCCUCAAGAUCGCGACCAGCACCAGACAAUGAGCGGCCGAGUGAUCCCGAAUCGAAGAACAUCGUCUGGGACACAAGAUGCUCCAGCCUACCAAUAUGCUUCUGGCCCACGAAGUCCUGCCACCCAGACACGAGCUACUAGCAUGGUUUCCUCAACUACUGCAGGGGAUAUGAGCCGAUCAAUGUCGAUGGCAUCAACGAUCGUCCCCAGUGAGCGAACAGAUUCACUUCAGCACCGUCCUUCAGUGACGAAGUCUGUUGGCAGUGGUACAGGCGGUCGACGUAAAUCUCCAUUGGUGUAUCCCGCAUUGAUCUCACGGGUGGCCGAAUGCUUUCGGGAUAAGAUUACCGUGGGGGAUCGGACAAAGAAUGACCUCACGUACAAGAAUGCUUUUAGUGGAGCUGAUGCGGUUGAUGUUAUCUCUUAUAUCAUCAAGACCACGGAUAGAAAUCUGGCGCUGUUGCUCGGCCGAGCUUUGGAUGCGCAGAAAUUUUUCCACGAUGUGACUUAUGAGCACCGACUUCGUGACUCGCCCGUCGAAUUGUACCAGUUCCGCGAGACCAUGAUGGACGAGCCACAUGAAGCACCGGAAGUGAAUGGUAUUUUUGUGCUUCUCAGCGAGUGCUAUUCUCCGACUUGCACGAGAGAUCAGUUGUGUUACUCAAUAGCAUGCCCCCGAAGAUUAGAGCAGCAAUCAAGAUUGAACUUGCAGCCCCAGCCUGGUCUCCGACGCGAGAAAUCGGAAGCCAGUCUCCACGAUGUAGACGAGCCAGAUGAACAGAAACUUUGGAUCAAUACGGUGUCAAAGGAAGUCGCAGAUAGCGUCAGCGAACGAGAAAAGAAACGCCAAGAAGUCAUUUCUGAAAUUGUGUACACCGAGAGAGAUUUCGUGAAGGAUUUGGAAUAUUUACGAGAUCUGUGGAUCCUUCCUUUGCGCUCUACAAACCCAGCGGCCCCGUCACCAAUCCCAGAAUCAAGGAGAGAGAAAACUGUUAAAACUAUAUUUACGAACAUUGUCGAUCCUCCCAGCAUCCACGCAGUAAGCUCACGUUUUGCCCGAUCUCUAACAGAGCGGCAGACCAAAGGGCCGGUCGUUAAGUCUGUUGGCGACAUUUUCCUCGAAUUCGUGCCACAGUUUGAGCCGUUCAUCACUUAUGGCGCAAACCAGUUGGCAGGGAAGUUCGAAUUUGAGAAUGAACGAUCCCUUAAUCCCUUCUUCUCGAAGUUUGUUGAUGAGACCGAGCGGCGGAAGGAAUCAAGGAAGCUGGAGCUUAACGGUUACCUAACCAAGCCAACCACUCGCCUUGCUCGGUAUCCCCUCUUGCUUGAAAAUGUACUUAAAUAUACCGAGGAAGGAAAUCCUGAUCUUGACGAUGUUCCUAAGGCUAUGAAGAUGAUUCGCGACCUAUUGACUAGAGUCAAUGCCGAGUCUGGCAAGGCUGAAAAUCGUUUCAAUCUAAAGCGGUUGAAUGAACAACUUCGAUUCCGGCAGCCCGACCGCGUUGACUUGAAGUUGACGGAAGAGAAGCGCGAGAUUAUCUACAAAGGCGGACUCAAAAAGACACCAACAGACCCGUCGGACAUCCAAGUAUGGCUCCUAGAUCAUGCCGUGCUUAUGGUUCGCACAAAGACCGUAGGAAAGAAAGAAGAAGUCAAGGCUUAUCGCAGACCCAUACCACUCGAGCUGCUUUCUAUCCGUGAAAUGGAUGAGGUAUACCCGAAGGCCGGUAUUGUCAAACGACCCUCAUCCAGCUUGAUCCCGAAAGCUACCGCCAAUGACAACACCAAGAAGGAAGGGUUUCCCAUCACGUUCUGUCAUAUCGGCAAAAGUGGCUAUGAGUUGGCCCUGUACGCAGCUUCUCAACUCUCGAGAGCCAAAUGGAUGGAGCAUAUCGGGGAACAACAGGCCAUUCUUAGAAAACGUGGAGACGUCUAUAACCGUACCAAUUUAUCGACCUCAUUUUUCUCAGCCGCUAAUAGGGUCAACUGUGUCGUUCCGUUUGAUGGUGGGCGGAAACUUAUCUACGGCACCGAUUCUGGCAUCUUUGUCUCCGAUCGCAGGCCGAAGGAUGCAGAUGCGAAACCAAUAAGGGUGCUGGAUGCCACAUCCGUGACCCAGGUUGAUGUCCUCGAAGAGUACCAGUUACUCCUGGUGCUCUCGCAGAAAUCGUUGUUGUCCUAUCCAUUGUCCGCUUUAAACCCUAAUGAGCCUGCGCUUUCCAAAAGGCCGAAGAAGAUCCAAAGUCACUGCAAUUUCUUCAAGACUGGCAUAUGUCUCGGUCGUCACCUGGUCUGCUGCGUCAAGUCUUCCGCCCUCUCGACCACGAUCAAAGUAUUUGAGCCUAACGAUGCCAUGUCGAAGGGAAAGAAGCAAAAGGGCUUCAAGAUGUUCAACAGUGGUCAGGAUGAGCUCAAGGCCUUCAAAGAGUUUUACAUUCCCACGGAAUCGUCCUCCAUCCACUUCCUCAAGACAAAACUUUGUGUGGCCUGUGCAAGAGGAUUUGAGGUGGUAUCACUGGAGACCCUGGAAACCCAAUCGCUCCUCGAUCAAGCUGAUACAUCCUUGGAUUUUGUGUCCCGCAAAGAGAAUGUUAGGCCCAUCCAAAUUGAGCGGCUCAAUGGGGAGUUCCUCCUCAAUUAUUCGGAGUUCUCAUUCUUCGUCAAUCGCAAUGGUUGGCGAGCCCGGCCUGAUUGGAAGAUCGAUUGGGAAGGGCAACCUCAAAGCUUUUCUCUCUCGUAUCCAUGGAUAUUGGCAUUCGAACCCAACUUCAUCGAGAUCCGGAAUAUUGAGACGAUGGCAGUGCAUAUUGUGCCGCAUAAGAAUAUUCGUAUGCUUCAUACAAGCACGCGAGAGGUGAGUCCAUCAAGCAAGUCUGACGUCGGCCUUGAAUCUGACACAGACGAGAUAAUCUACGCAUACGAGGACGAGCGAGGCGAAGAUGUUGUGGCCGCGAUCGACUUCUGGCCACAGGGCAGGCGUCCAGAAACCCAGAAUGCCACCCCACAACCAGAAUAUCGAAACCAUCAUCCACAGACUUCAUCGGGACACUAA